GCCAGGCCUGCGGGACGAAAUAAUCUCCAACAACACAACCAGAGCAGGAAUUCAGGAGAAAGAGGAGUGCACGGUAUUUAUUUACUGUUGGUCUAGGAUUUUAUCAAAUCGUGAGCGAUAAAAUAUCUCGCGGAGUGCCCAUUUGCCCUGCUGAUCCUUCGCUGUACGAAGAUUUGCUAAUUUUUUCUCUGAUAAAUUCGAUAGGCCCUUUUCCCAGGCUACCGAGACCGUUUUCUGGCCAUUAAUUCAGUGAAAGAUAUACCGGGAACCAUAUUAGACGCCAGCUUCUAUGCCGUCUCCCGACCGUCCUGCUGCGGCGAGCUCGCCGGCGCUGGCGCAGCGACCCGGCACGGAUCCUCGCCAUCUGGCGAUCGCCCUGCACCACGCCCAGCAGAUCCAGGCACAGAAGGACACGCAGACGUUAAUCCUGGACCGGAUCCUCGAGUUGAUCGAGCUGCCCAGCUCGCCGACAGCGGAUCCCGCGACGCCCGCGGCUGCCGACGUGGCGGCUCUGAAAUCCGCGCUGCGGCCCUUCCAGCCGGCCGACUACGACAAUCUCAUCCUGGAACGGAACAUCGAGGGCCGCUGCGGGUAUGCGCUGUGUCCUCGCGAGCACCGCAAGGAGGACCCCCGCGUGCGGUUCCGGAUCGUCUGGGGCGCCAAGGGGAGUGGUGCGGGCGGGCGCGGCCGCGAGAUGGAUAUCGUGCCGCGCGAGAAGCUGGAGAUGUGGUGUUCGAGCGAGUGUGCCGAGCGGGCCAUGUAUAUUCGCGUCCAGCUGGCCGAGGAGCCCGUUUGGGAGCGCCGGGCGGACGACAGACGCGGCAGGCAGAUCCUCCUGCUCGAGGAAGGGAGGGCGGCAAGCAACGACCACCACCGGCAACGCCAGCCUUCCGCCUCAGUUAAAGAUGUACUGGGCCAGCUGGAUAAUCUGAAUCUCGCGACGGGCUCGGCGUCGGACUCGGCUGACCUCGCGCUGGAGCGUGGCGAUGUCCAUCCUGCUCUUCACGGCGGCCGGGUUGAAGUCCAGAUCAGGGAGAAGCAAGUCGCCGCCGGGUCGACCAGAGCACCGGAGCUGCGCCCGGAGGACCGCAUGGGAGGAGCCAUCGAGGGAUACGUGCCCCGAGACACGCAAGACCAGGACCAGGACAUGCUCGAUUUGCUGUGAUCAAGAGAAUUUCUUCCAGUGUCUUGAAUCGAGUCUAGGCGUUGGGAGGAUUGCAUGGCGUUGAUGUUUAUGAUACCCUCUACGUUAGUCUUUUAUUACAUGUCAAUGAUCGAUAAUCAAUCAACCUAGUAAGUCUACAUCGUCGAAAAUAAAAAGUAUAUCUUCAAGAUGCACAGACAAUCCCAUGUAGACAAAAGAGUCCAGACAAGAGUCUACAGUGCAAGAAAAUUGGCAAUCAAGCGUCAUCCAGAGGAAUCAGCGACACCUUUUGGGGAAGAAAUCGUAAUUUUCAUUCCUGUCUAGCUACAACCAUGAGCCCCAGGGCCCGACUGGUCGGUCGAAGAACUUUUUUGUUUUGUUUUGUUUUUUUUUUCCGUCAGAAGAUCCGCAGGGACAACUUAGCGAGCACCGCCGAAGCGACGAGGGCGCUCCUGGACCUGCUGCUGGCUGACGUUGACGACGUUGACCUUGAGGUUGUCGAA